AUGGCUGAGCCUAUAGGCCUUGCUUCUGGUGUCUUGACGUUAGUCAUUUUCGCCCACAAAUCAUGCCUUACGCUUUACAAAACGAUACAGAGCUUCAAAGCCCAUCCUAAACGAGUGCGCAAUCUUAUCGAAGAGCUAGAAGCUCUCAUUGGCGUUUUAGAAUCAUUAAGCGACACGAUGAAGCUGCACACAGAUGUAGAUGUCCCCGCACUUGAUCUACCUUUGCGCCGAUGUGGCAGCGCUUGCGACGAGUUUUUACAGGAGCUCCAGAAGUGUUGCUCGCGAUCUGGGGGCGAUCGACAAAGCUUUCGGGACUGGGCCAAGCUGAGGUACAUGGGUGACGACAUCGAUGAUUUUACGGAUUCACUGGCAGCAUACAAGUCAACAAUCAAUAUCGCGCUCACAGAUAUGCAGCUUCGCAAGUCUUCCGUUACUCUAGAGCAUCUUGGAGACUACAAAGAUCUUAUCACAACUGCAACAAGCGAUCUUGAGGCGCGGCUCGAUACUAUUGAUGGAAAGCUCCAAUCUUUAGUAGAGCGUACUACGUCAAGCUCAGCAACAACAGAACUUCAAAGCUUAAAGGACGAGCGCUCAAGCACACAAAAAUGCCUCCUGAUUUGCGCUGAGUUCUCUAAGCUUAUCCAGAAGCUUCAAUCGUCAUCAGCAAAGGAUCUUCCCCAAGACUUACAUAACAUACCCGAGAGGAUCACGAGCGAUGGCAUACGAGAAUGCAGGAUUAGUAUGGAGCAAACAACUGCAAGGUUGGAAACUCACAUGCAGGAUAUCUUAGAUCGAAUCAUGGUCAGCUCAAGUGUAACAAUGCCACAAGAAGAUACAAGAAACCUUGCAAGAUUGCGCGAAGAAUGGACAAGCGCUCGUAAAUGCAGGGAUAUUUGUUUCCAAGCAGACCAGCACUUGAAAGAGAACGUAAGCGUUAUCGACAACUAUGCUACAGGCGACGAAGCCGUGCAAUUUCUGGUAUCAAACAGCCAAAAGACAAUACAUGGCAAGAAUCGUGGAUACGGGGACCUGAUCAAACAACUCGGUGGUCAUCUCAGCGACCAGUCCAUUCAGAAAGUAUCUGGAGACUUUUUACAGAUGAGUAUUCAAAGAUCUGUACAUGGAAAUCUAGGUAACGCGGUACCCUACGCCAAAGAUAUGAAUGAGAAAGGAAUGAACUGGCGGCCAGAAUACGGUGGAGGAAGGACACUCAAGUCUCAGCCUGUUGCAAGUGACUCAAGUGGUCAAGCGGACCUAGGUAAAGCCAAGUUCUGA